CAAUGAAGUUUUGUUUUUUCAAAGAUAAAAUACAACUUAAAUGUUCCUCAUUUAUUUACAAUAUCGUGAAAUAACUGACGACAAAUUAUAUAUAUUUUGCAGUAUCAUAAUUAUAACAUCAUCACAUUAAAGCGUUGUGUAGAAAAUCGAUACAUUCUUUUGUUUGUUUUGUCGUUUCUUUAUUGACACGGAAGUUCGAGUGAAAUGUAGUCUUAAUUAUCUUAUGUGGUCGUGUUUUUACUGUAAUAAUUUUAACUCCGCGCUAUCAGUUUCGCGCAGAGAAUCGUAGUGAUCGCGAUAGUUAAAGUAUUAGAGAAGUGAAAAACAAGUUUUUAUUUAGAUACAAAUUGUCUGUGUGGAACUAGAAAAAGUAACAAAAUAUUGAAAAAAAUAACAUAAAAAAAUUGCUGGCUUCUGGUGGCCCAAAAAACCUCAAAAAUAUAUUCGACAGAUUUAGCAAAUAAUAUAUACGAUUAGAGAUACAACAAGAAGAAAAUAGAAACAGGAAAAAAAUUAUUCAGCAUUACAAAUAAUUCAUUUGAGUUUUUAAAUAAAGAAACCGUGGAAUUGCUUCAAUUUCAAAAAAUAAAAAAUAUUUAUUUUGGUUUUAACUUCUUGAGACGAGUUCUCAGGCAAAAUUUGGGAUUACUCUUAUCAACACAUUGAAAGUUACUUAGCUCAUAGAUCCGGAGGAUCAUCUUCUAGUGUUAAUAGAAAGAAUAAAUCAACAAAAAUUGCCUCCUAACAUCAACAACUUUCCUAACCAUCUCAGAUAAAAUGGAUAAAGACAACGCAUUGCUGCUUAUUGAAGAGAAUGGAAGAGGAAAAACAGAACAAGAAGAACAAAAUUCUACGACACGACUGAAGCUUGCGAUUGCCAAUAAAAAGCUGAAAGAUGAUUUCUUUAAAGAUAAUGAGAACGACAAGCCGGGUGAGAUUAAAAUCAUCAAUGACGACUUUGAAAAUAAGAUUCAUGAAUCGCUGUUGGAUAUGGAACAAGUUGAUGGAACUGUUUAUGAAUCUGAUAGCGACGAGAUGAAUGAGAAUGGAAGCAAACGGCAAUCAAGUUCAUCUUCAAAUUCAAGCAAUGACUCGGAUGAUGAAGAAUAUGCGGUGGCAAGUAAAAACACUCAACUCAUCGAAUCUUCAGUUCUUCAACGAAGGAUGUUUGAAGAGUAUCAACAAAUUUCUUCAGUUAUGCUUCCAUUUUUCGAGCGGAGACGUUUAUCGGAGUGUAAGGAAGAAUCGGAAUCAGAAGAAGAUCUUCAUGGGAUGAAACCGCCCACAAUCAUCGUCACACCGACCUCGGAAUCCACUGAAGUUGCUGGUCGUAAGAAGCGAUUCAUUGUGACAAAAACAAAACUUGAACCAGCAGCAGAGAUGAAGCAACCAGUUUCAAUUCUCAAGAAAACUCCUUCACCUCCAUCAUUUCCAAAACAAUUCUUAACAAAUUCACCAAAAAAGAUUCGUUACGAAGCUGAAGCUUUAAGGCACAUUUCAGCGAAACAAAAUUCACAAACCAUUCACUUUCCAUGUUCAUCGACAGUUGAAGAUCGUGUUGCGGCUAAAACUCUCUUUUCACCACAAGGAAUUCUUAAACCACAUUUAGACCAUCGUUAUUUUGAUACAUCGCUUGUUGAAGUUCGAGCAUCACAAACACUCACCAACAGCUCGAAAUCUUUAGACGGUAGAGGAACAAGCAGUCGACAAUUGGACGAUAAUGUGUGGAUUAAAAGAAUCGAAUCGAAGCCAGCUGAAGAUAAAAUAAGCAUAAGUAGUGACAGUAACAAUGGAAGUAAUCGUAAUGUAAAUGUUCUUGGUGGAAGCGAUGGCACAGAUGGAAGUUCAUCAUCAAUCCGACCACAAAGUGCGCCCGGUUCCCAGUACAAAAAAUCAAAGAAACAAGAUAGAGAGGCUAAACUUAAAGAAAAAGAACGAUUAAAGAAUGAGAAAGAUGCUCUUAAGGUUAAAAAAGAAGCUGCAAAGCGAAUGGAAAAAGAAGCAGCAAAACUCGAAAAGCUUUCAAAAAGUAAUGAAAGACUUGGGGGAAGGUCUGGGUCGUUGGAAAGGCGAAAAAGUGGUGAAGAUGGUGUAACAAAUCAAUUUACAAUUCACGGUAUUGCAUCACCGAACAAACGCCCAACACUCUUUGACGUCUUUCGUCGUAAGGGUUCUGAUGGCAAACGUGACAAAGAACCGAAAAUUGCUGCAUCAGAUCGUGAUAGUUCAUCUGGAAGUGGUGGCAGUGGAGGAAUAAUGAAUAGUAUGAAAGCUGUUAUAGGUGGAAAGGCAGCAGAAGCUCCGGAACCUUCAUCGAAAAAAGCUGUCAAGGACGGUUCAGCACAUCCACAUGCAGGAAGUGAUGCAAGGUAUUAUCAUACUGUAACUGCUGUUCGACGAGCCGAUGUUUCCCGAUCACCUAUGCUGAAGGUCAUGGAUCUCUUUAGACAUCGCUCUAAUUCAGCUGUUUCCGAGGCAGACAAGCGAAAGCAGAAUUUUGAAAGCCCAAGAGUUUUAUUAAAAACUCCAAAAUUUAUUAGUUGA